AUGCAAUAUGCUAUUAUUUCAUUAUUCAAUUAUGAUAUUCUGAGUGAAAUGGAUGACAGUAUUAUUUCUGAACACUCUAUUAUUGAAUCACAGGAAUAUGAAUCAUCUUUAGGUCACAUUAGCCGUACUAACUGUUUAACAGAAUCAAUUCAAGAGUUGUCCAAAUUCGAAGAAUCUGAUUUUUCUACAAGUCGUGCUUACCGUGAUGUAUUUUCAUUCUGUGAUGACACGCCGCCCCCUGUUCAAGCAUUUGAUAUACGGGAAGAAGAUUUGUAUGAACAAUCAAGUGAGAUAAGUAAAGAACUUUCUCUUAUAUCAUCCGAUUUACAAACAAGUGGGUGUUCCACGGAUUCAGAGCCAUUUGGAUAUUUACAUUUCAUUGAGCCUUUAAUGAGCAGUACUCCUAAGAAAAAUAAAGUUGCUCUGUCAUCAAGAACUCGACUUCAGGAAAAGAAGAUCUCCAAAAGCACUAUUAAAAAGGCCUCUCAAGAACAAUGUACUUGUCCAAAGAAAUGUACAAGGCAAAGCUUCUUCACAAGAGAAUUGAUUGAAAAUUGCCAUUCAACAUUAUGGAGUCUGAAUACCACAGAGAGGCCAAAAUGGUUUCAAAGAAAGUUUGAUGACUUUCAGAGUGUAAAAAGGGGAACCUUUAAAUUCAUUCUUAAAGGCCACAAGGUUUGCUUAAAGAGUUGGUUGAUUGCUUAUGGAAUUAAGAAAUCAAUCUAUUACAAGGAACGAAGAACAUGGUUGACAAGUGAAGUGCAACUCUCUAACGAAAGAAGGACACCAUCACAAAAAAGACUUUAUGUCAUCAAUUGGUUUGGAGAAUAUACAGCAAUGAGAGGAGAAAAUCCACCUCACAUCCAAGAAAUUUGGCUGCCAUUUGGUUUAAGAAAAAAUGAAAUUUAUGCUGGAUAUAAAAAGGAUGCAGAGGAAGAGAACAUGGCUUGUGUUACUUUUCAGACUUUCCUCAACAUUUGGAAUGAACACUUUCCGCAUGUGAAAAUUAAACAGAGUAACUUGUUUACAAGAUGCACUACAUGUGACAAGCUUGACAGAGAACUACACAAGCAAUUAAACCCAGAGAAAAAAAAGGAAAUUUUUCUAAAGAAACAAGAACAUCUGCACAGACAAAUGAAAGAGAAAUCAGCAUAUUACAGACGAAAAACAGUAAGCAGACGAAGACCUGAUAGAUACAUAAGCCUCAUAAUCGAUGGAAUGGAUCAGUCCAAAACAAAUAUUCCUCAUUUUAAGGGAAGACCAAGCAAGGAGUUUGCAGCAACAAGGCAAUUGAAUGUGCAUGUUACUGGAGUUUUGAGUCAUGGCCUGAAUAGAAAAUAUCUGUUUACAGACCUGCACCAGUACAAACAUGAUUCCAAUCUUACACUGAAUGUUUUGAUGAAAGUGUUAUGGAACCACUCAAAGGUAAAAAACAGAAAUAUUCCUUACAAAAAUUUACAGUACAGUGCAAUAAAAAAAAUAUAAGUUACUAACCGGUUGGGCCAGUGGCAAUAACAAAGAUACUAGUCUGAUG